CACAAUGGCCAGGCUCGUCUGAAGAGCUGCAGCCGGAGCAGAGACGCCCUUCACAGUGGAAAAAAGCGCAACGUUUGGCUACACAGAUCCCCCCUCCCACACCGGGACAGGAAAAACAUGGGGGCACACAUGUGAAGCAGAAAUACGGUCAAUGUGGAUCCCAAACAAGCCCUCGUGCUGGAUCUCAGUUGCUGUUACUUCCUCAAGUCUGUCUCUAUAGCAACCCAUCCCUCUCUUUGAGUGCUGGAGGUACCCCACCUUUUACAGCUCCUCUGCUCCCCUCUCCUCUACACUGGCCAAUCAGACGCUCUGAGCCAACAUGGACACAGAGUCCACUCACUCAGGCUACUCUAGCCGCUCGGGCAGGUCCAACCGGCACACAGAUCGAAGCCGUGAACGACACAAGGCCAGCAGCAGUAAAGACAGCAGUCGUUCAGAGCGGUCGGUGGUCUUAAACCCCCCUGACAGUCCAUCUCAGGAGUCUCCUGUCCACAAUGGAGAGCCCCUGCCCGGAGAGCCCGCUCCAGCGGCUGAUCACGGGGACGACGCACAGGAUGAUAACUGGGGAGAAACCACGACCGCUGUGACUGGGACAUCAGAGCUGAGUGUGUCCCAGGAGGAGGUGGUGGGUUUGGGGAAGGAGAUCCAGGACCGCACCCAGAACGUGCGGAGGUACCUGCCCGUUGCUCUGGGCGUGUUUGUGGGCUUACUGGUGGCUGCCACACCUUUAGUGUUUCUGCUGCUGCCGGCUCUGUUAUGGCCAGACCGACUGCAGGCGUGUGGGUCCGCCUGUGAGGGUCUAUUUCUCUCCAUCUCUUUCAAGCUCCUGAUUCUCCUGUUGGCUAUCUGGGCUCUGUUCCUCCGACCGGGCAGGGCCAGCCUCCCCAGAGUGGACGUAUAUCGUGCCUUUCUCACCACACUCACUCUACUGCUCACUAUGUCCUACUGGCUCUUCUAUGGCGUUCGCAUUCUUGAUGCUCAGGAUGAGGACUAUCAUGGUAUUGUCCAGUUUGCAGUGUCUCUUGUGGACUCCCAGCUCUUUGUCCACUAUCUGGCUGUAGUUUUACUGGAGCUGCGUCAUCUUCAACCCUGUUACAGUGUGUGUGUGAUGCGCUCAACUGACGGAGAAACUCACUAUUACAACAUCGGUCAACUCAGCAUUCAAAGAGCAGCCCUCUCCAUUUUGGAGUAUUACUACAGAGACUUCCCGGUGCAUAACCCUGCCCUCCUCACUGCCUCCAAGCAGCGUUCAGCUAAGCACUUAGCCGGGCUAAAGGUCUACAAUGUGGAUGCUCCAGGGAACGCAGCGGGGGCGCAGCCUGGUAAUGGCAAUCAGUCACGGCCAAUGGGCGCAGCUGCCUCCAAACGCAAAGACAGCGCCCAUAAUGAGCUGUACUAUGAGGAGGCAGACUAUGAGAGGAGAGUACGCAAGCGCAGAGCCAGGCUGGUCGUGGCUGUAGAGGAGGCUUUUACACAUGUGCGCCGCAUGAAGAAAGAGGAUGAACAGGCUACUCCAUCUGACAUCAUGGAUGUCCGUGAAGCUGCUCUGGCUGUGUUCCCAUCUCUGGCCCGGGCCCUGCAGAAGUACCUCCGUACCACCAGGAGGCAGCAUUGCCACAGCAUGGAAAGCAUUCAGAAGCACCUUUCCUUCUGCUUGGUUAACAACAUGAGUCCAAAGGCAUUCCUAGAGACGUACCUGUCCCCGGGGCCCACCCUGCAGUAUGGCCGUGAGCGCUGGAUGGCUGACCAGUGGACACUAGUGAGUGAAGCCUCUGUCACCACAGGUCUGAAGCAGGGCACAGAGUUCCUGCUCAAGUGUCUGGACUUUAGUUUAGCCGUCACUGUCAAAGGCAUCCCUUACAUCCGCCUCACGGAGGAGUACGUCGACCCCAAGUCCCACAAAUUUUUGCUGCUGCUCCAGUCGGAAACAUCAGUUUAGCAGAAAAACACAUUUAGACCUUAUUCUCACUGUUGAGCUACUCAAAGGAGUUUUCACGAUGAAAGAAAAGUUUUUGUACUGUUUUUUGUACUUUUUCACAUACAUGUUUAUGUGUUUGUAUCGUCCCCGGAGACAGAACAAAUGGGCCCACACUGGAGGCACAUUGCUUGAGUUCCUCGGUCCUGGCACCAGAGAUCAGGUAUUCUAUGCACUACAGAUCCUGUCAUUUGCAUGUGCCAGUGAGUGCCUGCUGGGCUGUUCCCGCACAGACUGGAUGAGCCAAUCAGGAUGCAGGCAGCGUUAGUUCUACUUUGUCUGGAAGACAGUAUAGGUACGGUGAACACUGGGAUCUGUCUCGGCCUGUCUUCUCUUUUUAAGUGUUACCAUGGUGACCAAGGCAUUUUACAAAAGCCUAGUUGCAAACUGAAACCAUUGCUGCAAAAAGGUCCUUUAUGCCUCUAUUUAACUCUUUUUGCAAAUACUUGUACAGUAUUUAUACUUGAGUACCUUAAUAUAGUGUAUCCAUGUUUUGUUUUGUUUUUCUGAAAAUGGCUUGAAUCAUUUCUAUUGUGUAUGUCUCAAAUGUAUUGGUGAUUAUAUCUGGUAGCCAAUGUAAAUAUCUGAAUGUUUUGUAAAUGUCAGAUAAAGGCUGGGGUCCAUUACAAUGAAUGCCAUGCACAAAAGCAGCCAAUAGAGACAGCUUGUGUUAAGAGGGUGUGUAUGCCAAAACUAAGAGUGACCAUGAGAGUAGCUGAUGUGUAGCACGUUGUAUUGGUCUGGAUUUUGUUUCAAAGCUGAGUUUCCAUUUUGAUUUAGUAAACAUGCAAAAUAUGAAGUACAUUUUCAAGCACAUGUUGAUAUACUCAACAGUAAUAUUAAUCGAGUCAUUCUGUACAGUUCUGUCUGGUUUAUAGACAGACCAGCUGAUGACUCUGAGGUGCUAUAUUACAAAUGAAAUGCAGAGACAGAAGGGUUUGUGCCAAAAAAUGGUAGGCCUACUGUCAUGUUCUCACUACAUAACUGCAUCUCAUUGUCACUCUGCUGCCACCUACUGUAUGUUACUUUGAACAUCUGGCUCAGUUCAGUCCAGUUACUCCUAUAGGUGAGUUUAUGGAUUCGUUUUUUUAUCGUUGCUGAGUGCAUUUUGUUGAUGCAUACCAGAUCCUGUACUAAUGUUUGUUUUCUUAACUACACCUGUGCCUCAGCUGUUUGUAUGCAAUUAAACCUUUGCUGAGUGUGGGAGUAACUGAGAUGAGCAUGAUGAUGAAAAAGGGAAACCUAUAAUACGUCUAAGUAUAUCCAACUGUCUGUUAUUUUAUACAACAUACUGUUAAUGUCAC